CUCUCCUCUCCUCUCCUCUCCUCUCCUCCCCUCUCUCCGGUUUCCGUCUCCCUCCCAUGCACCACCUUCCUCUACGGCGUCGUUUCUCUUCCAUUUUUCUAAUUCCCAUCUUCCCUCUCACCUCUUCCUGAUUUUAUUAGUUUUUUUAAAAAAAAAUAUUUAAAGAGUUUUGUUAAGUGUUGCUGCCGCUAAUAAGACGACUUCACUUACUGAACGUAAAAGUUUUCUGCUUUAAAGACGCGAGAACUGACAAGUUUUAGCUUAAAGUUUCAGCUUUUUCUUUCAUCUCAGGGUGGUCGACAGAGGGAGAGAGAGAAAGAGAGAGAGAGAGAGGCUAUUUUUCUUUUUAUUUUACUGGGUUUUUUAUGUGUUGACAAAAACUGCAAUUAAAGCCAUCUUUGUUUGCUUUCUUUCAAACUUCCGUUGAAUUUUUAGUGAUUUCGGAGGUGGGUUUCUCAGUUUUCCCACUAUAAGACUAGAGAUUUCAUUUUCUCCUCCUUUGGCAAUGCAGUCUCUGAAUUCUUGGGAGAAUAAGGGAUUGUGGUGAACAAGAUGAUGGAAAACAAAAGAAGCCCCUGCUCUGUUGACCAGGCCAGUCUUACUUCUCUUGCAUCUAAACGUCAUAAGGCUGAUCUUUCUAUAUCCUCAAAGGAGAGGAAAGAGAAGCUAGGCGAACGGAUUUUAGCUCUGCAGCAGCUUGUUUCACCAUAUGGGAAGACAGAUACUGCAUCUGUCCUUCUGGAGGCAAUGGAAUACAUAAGAUUUCUUCAUGAACAAGUUAAGGUGUUGAGUGCUCCGUACCUACAAAGUAUACCGGCAGCUGAGCUACAGGAAAUAGAGGAAUACAGUCUGAGAAGCAGAGGUUUAUGUAUUGUUCCAAUAUCAUGCACUGUUGGAGUUGCUCACAGCAAUGGUGCAGAUCUCUGGGCUCCCAUCAAGACUACUUCUCCAAAAUUUGAGAAGGCUAUUUAAGUAUUCUACUCGCAAAAUUUAUAGGAAAGUCAGUUAAGGAGGUUUGGUGGAGUAAAGGGUAACCAAUAUAUUUAGUGCACAACAAAAUUUUUGUCAGAAACAACUUUGUAGCAGUAGGAGUUGGGAUGAUGAACUCAAAGUAGGGUUGCCAAGUAUGGUGGUGAAAUCUUUGAGUGGACUUCCUACUCUCAAAUGCAGUCAGUUCAUUGCUGUCCUCCUUGUUUUGAGGCAGUGAUUGGGGUUAUUGCAUUAUAGUAUAUGUAUGGUAUGCGUCUCUCUUCUGAUUAGGCAAAUAUAUAUAUAUAUAUAUGUAUGUAUUUUGUAAACUUCAUUUGUAUAAAGAUCCUAACAAAGGAUUCAUGAAUAUAUGGGGGAUGGUUCUUGGUUUAUUCA